CCAUCUCUGCAAAGCUCGAAAGCAGAGCAUAUUAACACCAGACAGUGAAUGGCAUUGCCUUCGUUUCUCUUCAAUUCAAUCGCCAACAACAUCUGGAAAAUUUGAAGCAAUACAUGAUGGAACACAUGGACAUUGAUCAGGUAGUAGACAUUCCUGACACUCCUGAUAGAUCAGCCACACAGAAUAUUAAUGCUGGGGAUUGUGUUGGGAAAGAAAGUAAAUUUGCCUUAACUGGAUGCUUGAGAAAUCCUGAUUUUGUUGAUGAAGGAUGUUUAAAUCAGCCAAGGACCAGAAGCCGGUUGGUCAGUGAAAAUGGGCGCAAUAGAAGACUUCAUGUACAUCCUUUGAGAAAUACUAGCAAUGUUAAUAAAAUUGAGCAUUGCAGUAACUCCAUUGCUUUAUCUCCGUCUGAAAAACCUCAUGCUUCCAGGAAUGCUUCUUUAUUUAGGAGACCGGUAAUAGAUAAGAACACAAAGCAUGAGACCAGGAACUCACAACACAUGGAUAAAGGGAAACUAAUGUGCUCGAAAUUUCCUUCUAAAUCGUCAACUCUUCGAGAAGAUAAUGAUUUAAGUGAACAGAAUGGGCUCGAAAGUAUAUUUGAAAUGGCUUCAUCACGUGCUAAAUCGAAAGAGCUUCCUCAUAAAGAGAUAAGGGAAGGUCAAAAUGUGGCCAAUGGUGGUUCUUCUUUACAUUGGCCCCCAAAUUUUCCAAAGACAUCCACAAUUUCUGGUAAGGGGAAGGAAAAGAUAGGGGACAAUACAAUCAAUGGUUCUGCUUCAGCUACAGGUCUUAAAAAAGUGAUUGAUCUCUCUGAUGGUUCUCCACAUGACCGUGAAAAACAAAUGUCUACAUAUCGUCAUUCUCUUGUGUCACCAAGAUUCAAUGGGCAAAAAAAAUUGGUUAGAAAUGGGUGUAUCUCUCCACAUAAUAUAGAAGUUAGGGCUAAACAAUUAGCUGAAUGUUCCCAAAACUGCUUUGAAGAUGCUGAACAAGAUCAUAGCAGGGGUGUGGCUUCCAGUGGUUCAUGUAUGACUAAUAUCAGUGAUAUAGUUGCUGAAGGCAACAGUUCUGAUAGAUCUAAAGGGAUAAUGAUCUAUCCUUCAAUGUUAAAGGAGCGUAAUCCAAAAAUAAAUCAAUUGUCUGGCAGUUCUGCAGCUAUUAAUGAAGUUAAUGGAAAUGGUCAAGCCAGUGGAGUUGCAUCGGAAUGCUUUGAAGGGUUAGGGGGAUGGAGAAGCACGCACAGUCGGCCAAAGAAGGUAGACCAGCCAAUAUGUAAUGCAACUGGAUCUCACUUGAGGAGAAAUGGUGAUAUUGGAUGCUCUGAGAUUAAACAACAGAGUAGGGAUAACUGGAGUAGAGGAAACUAUCGGACUAGAGAUCUGACUUCAUCUCAAACAGCUUCCAGACUUGUGUCAGAGCCAAUCCAAGUAAGUGAACCACAUAGAGUUGCUGACACUCUGACUAAAAGGCAAAAAAAGCAUGAAUCAACUUCAAGAAAUCAAACUGAAAGCUCUAGAACGGUUUGUGAUGACUCAGAAAUUAUUUUUCUUGGUUCUUCUGGUGAAUCAUCCAUUGCAAGAUCAUCCAGAAGCCAGAGUCAUCAACAUCAGGGCAUUUUGGACAUUGAUGAGUUGUCACCUGAAAUGAGACAUAGUGAUUCCCAAGUAAUAGGUUGCUCUGACAAUGAUGACUCAGAUGUUAGAGCUAGACAACUAGAAGCAGAUGAGAUGUUGGCUCGUGAACUCCAAGAACAGUUGUACCAUGAGUUGCCUGUAUUUGGAGAUGGCGAGAUUGAUGAGCACAUAGCAUUAAUGCUGCAGCAAGAGGAGGAUGCAUUCCCUUUUUCUAAUCACCAUGUGUCACAUCCUAGAACCACAUCAAUGCAUUCAUAUAGACAGCCUCAGUUGCGGCUCUUACAGAAUUCUUCAAAUAGGAGGGCUACUCGGGCCCGAGUUCACACUUCUAAUGGAGUCACUCAGUUGAGGAGUCGUUUUGUCAAUCGAUCACGUGCCGCACCAUCAAGAGCUAGGAAUUUUCAGUUUCCUUUGGACAUGGACUUAGACAUGAGAAUUGAUAUGUUGGAAGCAUUGGAGGCUGCAGUUGGGGAUCUUACCGAUAGGGGAACAGCCAGACACAUCUCUCAACUUCAGCGUGAUUUCAACGAAAAUGAUUAUGAGAUGUUGUUGGCCCUUGAUGACAAUAAUAACCAAAAUGGUGCAUCUGACAAUCAGAUCAAUAGUUUGCCUCUGUCAACAGUACAGACUGAAAACUUGGAAGAGUCGUGUGCAAUUUGUCUUGAUGCCCCAACUAUUGGAGAAACCAUACGGCACCUUCCUUGCUUACACAAAUUUCACAAAGCUUGUAUUGAUCCAUGGCUCAGCAGGAGACCAUCCUGCCCUGUUUGCAAGUCAUCCAUAACUUGAUUGGUUCCAUAAUUUCGGUUGUUCCAAUCAUUGUACAAGUGUACUGCCCAAAGGUUGUAAUCAUAAUAUUCUCUUUUGCAUUUUUAAAUCCUUAAUAGAAAUUGUACUUUUAGGGUUAACUUUUUUGGUGUUUCUUGGACUUCUAUUUGAUCUUUGAAGCAAUUUCUCCAGUAACUUCUCUACUCUGGGGAAAAAUGGAAAAUAAGAUAUACUGAUAUUAAAUAGUUGUGAGUUUUGGUUUUCAAUAGUAUUGAUGAGGUUGGUCUUGGUCGCAUUUUCUGUAUAGCUGGUUUAUUGGGUUGAACUGACCCAAGUGCUGGUCUUACCGAGAUCAAAUGCUCGAUUCAUAUCCAAUCUUGGACGGACGAUGGUGAUCCAGAAGUCUAGGCUUGUAACGAAAGUUUUCUGGACUGGAGUCCGUCUCAUGAAUGUGCUACGACAUUCUGUUUGAAUGGGGGUGUUGCAUGGUUAUUCUGGAAAAAGAUACUUUGAUGGUUCCGAUAUUCGGGGAAAGCAAGUACAAGAUGCGUGGGCAUGUUGUUUGUAAUGUUGUCAAUCUGUUCUUGGUGACAUUAGUUGUACACCAACUGUAUAAAAGGCAUGCACCAUAAAUUUACAUUGA